AUGGUGAAAGGCAGGAUCAGUAACAUAAGAGAGGGAAACUCGCAGCGACACGUGAAAAAGGUCCAUCGACCAUAUCACAUCAGAAGCAGUACAAGCUACUGUACAUGGAAAUAUAAGUACAUCGGUGACCGACAAUAAAAUACAGGCCUGUUGUGAAAUUUCGAGAUUUUCCGUUACCAAAUCACGACUACAAUAAUUUGGAACGAGCCACUUGAAGAAAGGUUGACAUCAUGUCUCAGAAGCAGAUAUAUUACUCUGACAAAUAUGACGAUGAGAAAUUCGAGUAUAGGCAUGUGAUGCUGCCCAAGGACAUUGCCAAGCGUGUGCCCAAGACCCAUCUGAUGUCAGAGACUGAGUGGAGGAACCUGGGCGUCCAGCAGAGUCAAGGCUGGAUACACUACAUGAUCCAUCAACCAGAGCCCCACAUCUUGCUUUUCCGUCGUCCUCUGCCCGCAGCCUGAUCUCAGACAGAGUGCGCGGGAGAACACUCAUCGGAAAGAAGAUAAGAGAGUGGCUGGAAAUGGAUGAACACUUCAGUUGGAUGGAUGAAAAGACUAUUUUCCACAUGUGUAUCGUAUACAUUGCAGUGGAGCCAGAGUCGAGCGCUCCAACCCACUGUCCUCACUCACUGUAAAGCCUUUCACAUUUCCUAUGGAUCUGCUUGGAACCCUUUCAUCCUUUUCUUCAUCUGUAUUUCUGUAAUAAUUCAAACUUUUGUAUUAGGACUAACUUGAUAAUGUUGUCAGGGUGUAUGUCUGGGGAGAAAAAGAAAAGCUGUGGUUGUGGCAACACUUUAAUUAUUCUAAACCUUACCCGCUGUGCGUUGACUAACAUGAUGCUCAUAUCUAUUUUAAGCGAUAUAGUAACUGUAAAAUGUAAGAGGGACAUUUUUGAAAGCGCAAAUGUGCAGGGAUUUGACCAAAAUGACUAUGAUCAAAUGUCUGUAAUGGCACUUGAUUCAUCUUGUUUUGAAUACUGCAGAUUGUAUCAAGUGUAUGCACCUACUCUGUACAAAUGAUGAUAGUACUCUGGACACUGUAAAAAUGUUUUUUAUUUUUUUAAACAAUUGUGACCUGCAAUUAUAAGUAAUGCUGUUGACUGUCUGCAUUUUAGAGCUGUCAAAAUGGGGCCCAAGAUCUUUUUUGCCAUGUCUAUUAUUGUACAAAUCAGCUGCUCAGUAUUUAUGAAAUCUUGUACCCCGGAAAGAAAUGUUUUUUCAUUUGAAAUUCUUCUCACUGAUUAUGAUGUGGUUGUGAAUUAUUAUUUAACAUUUUUAUAUAUCCUUAAAGUGGCACUAAUGGUACUGUCCCCACUACAAUAAAUACAUACUUAAAUUCA